AUGGAAGAAAAUGAAAAGACUGUUGAACGUGUAUUCCUGGAACGUCAUUAUCAAGUCGAUGCUUGCGCUGUACGUAUAAUGAAGAUGCGUAAAUCCCUUAGUUUUACAGAAUUGAUCAGUGAACUUUUGGGACAACUUAAAUUCAAAGCUGAGGUACCAGAUUUAAAGAAACGAAUUGAAUCCUUGAUCGAUCGUGAAUAUUUAGAAAGAGAUAUCUUUGUAAUACAAAAAUAG